ACCAUGAAAAAAUUUUUGGUGGAAGAAUGGAAAUUCUUGAGACAAGGAGAAGUGGAAGAUGUUCCUAUUGCCGACAAAAUAUGGGAUGAUUUUCCACGGAGAAUAGAUGAUAUUAUUAUUCAGGUCCCACAACAAAGAAAUGAGUAUGACUGUGGACUCUUUGUGCUUUUCUUUAUCGAACGCUUCAUAGUUAAAGUUCAUGAAAGGCUUAAAGAGAAGGAUCUGGCAAUGUUUGGAAGGAAGUUGUUCGAACCUGAAGAAGCGUCUAGUCUGAGGUGGAAAAUCCGUAACAUACUUAAGGAAAAAUUUAAGAAUUCUAGUGACAAAUAAUGUUUCUUGGUCACCUACCAUCUGUAGAUAACUGCUGCUCUUGACAAGCAUUUCUUAACCGGAUCAGGCAUCAAUGGAGCAACUGCUUAUUACCACCACUCCUGAAGUGCCCGACUCUGUAUAGCUUAACUGUUAGUUAUUGCUGUUGCUCACAUGCCCCGAUUCAUUAGAGAUUCUGGAACUUCUCUCUGCAUUCUCUGUUUAGCAAAGUUUCUCACCAAACGCUGUGAAGCAUAAGAGAUAAAUUGUAGAGAUCCCUUUGGUAGAAGCUACAUUUUACAGGAAUCAGAAGAUGUAGGAGAAUUUCAUAUUAUCUGACUAUUUUCUUUCGAAAAAAGAAGCUGCAACAAGUACAUUUGCCAAGAUAAUAGGACUUGGGAUAUUUCUGCUGAUCAACAUUCUUUUUUGCCUGCCCUUCUGUUUGGGUAUAGUUGUUGAGGAAGUUGUGGGGUGGGGGGCGAAUUUGUUCCCUUCCUGGAGCUUAUACCGUUCAUGUAAAUGAUUUCCUUCUAAUGAGAUGAAAGAUCAAAGUUAUAUAUG